CGUGCACAGCGACCUCGUACGCCUUACCCAUGAUGCACAGCGGUCGUCCUUAAAAUCAAAGAUGGCGUCGAGGGCACCAGUGGCGACAGGCCGGCUAAUGGUUGGAUUCAGGAAAUGGUUCUACAACCUGUCUGGCUUCAACAAGAUUGGUUUAAUGCGUGAUGACAUAAUAAUGGAUGAUUCAGAUGUGCAAGAGGCCCUGAGGAGGCUUCCAGAGAAUGUCUAUAAUGACAGGAUGUUCAGAAUCAAGAGGGCAAUGGAUCUGACCAUGAAGCAACAGAUUCUCCCGAAAGACCAGUGGACAAAAUAUGAAGAGGAUCACCCCUACCUGACACCAUAUCUGAAUGAAGUGAUUCAUGAGCGGAAAGAAAAAGAAGAAUGGACGAAGAAAUAGAUGGUUCCUCAUAAACACUCUUAAUCCAAUUCUUCAGUCGGUGCAUUGUUGUCCCCUGGUGUAUUUAAAAUGAAAUGUGACCUAUAUACUACACUCAUUAAAGAAAUAUUAAUUUUCAAA